UCCGUGUUCAAAUGAAAAGGAUUAAAUUGACCUUGUAAAGCUUCUUAAAUGUAAGUUUUUGAACAUGAAACGACCAUUCAUUUUGAAAAUUUGCUGAAAACAGUGUUGACUCCGCACAGCAAAAUCUUAAAAUAUGAACUCUUUUCUUGGAAUAUUAGUACUAUGUUGCUGUAUUAUUGGAGGGCCAGUCCGUGCAUAUACCCGUAUUAAUGAGGAAGACUUGCAUACUUCCUUAAUGACAGGAUAUAACAAAGAUAUACGCCCUGGACUGGAUAGAGGAACCCCUAUUACAAUUAAUUUGAUUUUCUUCCUGUACUCGAUCAAUGAUUUUGAUUUAAACACUGGAAAGUUUUCUAUUACCGCCAUAUUCAGCCUUCGGUGGCAAGACGAGCGGCUAUCAUGGGACCCGGCGUCUUAUAACCAAACGGAUUAUAUAGCGAUACCACAAUACCGACUAUGGCUGCCAAAUCUCCUUAACAUUAAUCCUUACGACGAUAUAACGGAACUGCGGAAGGCUGAAUUAGCAAUAGGUGUAAAGAACUCUGGUGAAUGUUCCUGGUUUGCUCUAAAUACAUUCGAUGUUGUGUGCGAUGCAGAUGUCACAAAAUAUCCGUUUGAUUCUCAGACAUGCUCACUUAAAUUCUACAUUUGGGGAUAUCGUUCAAAUGAACUUAAGGCAAUGUUUUUAACACCAAAAGUUCAAUUUAGUUUAUUUUCUGAAAAUGGCAUAUGGGAGGUCACUGAUUCAGCAACAUAUAUAGACAUUGAUGUAAAUAACUUCGAAACUCUCGUCAUAAAAUUUGAUCUUAAACGCAGAGCCCCGUAUUAUAUUGUGAGUUUGAUACUGCCGAUAAUUUCUGUUUCAUUCCUAAUAGGAUUCGUGUUUCUUCUUCCAGCCGAGUCUGGGGAAAGAGUUGGGUUUUCUACAACUUCUCUCCUCUCGGUCAUAGUGUAUCUAACAAUCAUUCAGGACAUUUUGCCAGAAUCGUCAGAACCAAAUGUUUCUACACUUGGUUACAUUUUGGUCACGUAUGUUAUCAUUGGGUCAAUUGUUGUCAUAGAAGUCAUCAUCAGCUUGUGGAUUCAGAGCCAGCCCUCCCACAAACCCAUACCUAAGUGCAUACUGAGAAUGAUCCUAUGUUCCCAAAAGAAGAGGAAAAAUAACAACGUAGAGAGAUUCGAUGCCAAGCAAGAGAGUGAUUUUUAUGAUAUGAAGGAUGACGUGACUUGGGUAGAUGUUUUAAAGAUAUUUGAUAAAUGGUGUUUUUUUACGACCAUGAUUGUAUUUUUCGUGUCUUCUCUUAUAUAUUUUUGUACAGUGUUGAUCUAAAAAUCUGCAAUAUUAAAAACAAAAAAUAAACAAAAAA